AUUUUUCUUCAAUACCUCGAUUAUAAAAAUAAAAAAAAAAAGAGUAAUAAAUAUUUAUGACCUUAUAAUAAAGAAGAUGCUAAAAUUUGCAUUUGAAGUUGAAGUAAGCAAAAAGAACGCCACGUGGAAGAAAGUGAGGAAAAGUUGAUCCACUUGAAUCACCAUUCAUUCAUCCCUUUGAACUCAAAAGAAAAUUAGAAUUUCAAUUUCAAUUUGAAUGAUGCCGAACCUCUGCAAUAUUUCUAAUACUUGUGCUUCUUCAACGUUAAUGUUCAACGUUAAACCUCACCCACCACCACCUCUCAAUUUUUACAAUUUAUCAAGGAAGCAUCGCUGCAGAAAUUUCAGUGUCAAAAUGUGCUCCUCGUCCGUUCCUCAAAACGCCGUCGUUGUGGGUUGUGGAGCUUUGGCCGUUGAUUUCUUGGCUACCGUUGAUGCUUACCCUAAACCAGAUGACAAAAUCAGAAGCACCAGCUUGAAGGUUCAAGGAGGUGGCAAUGCUGGCAAUGCUUUAACAUGUCUUGCUCGCUUAGGUCUAAACACAAGGAUCAUUUCUAAGAUUGCAGAUGACAGCCAAGGCAGGGGCAUAUUAGAUGAGCUAAGGGCUGAUGGGGUAGAUACAUCCUUUAUUGUGGUAUCUAAAGAGGGAACUUCACCAUUUACAUAUAUUAUUGUGGACAACGAAACGAAGACUCGCACUUGUAUACAUACCCCUGGAUAUCCUCCAAUGAUACCCCAAGAUCUUUCAGAAUCAAGUUUGUUAUCUGCAUUGGAUGAAGCAAGCAUUGUAUAUUUUGAUGGGAGGUUGCAUGAAACAGCUCUAGUUGUUGCCCAUGAGGCAACUAAGAAGAAUAUACCCAUCUUAAUUGAUGCAGAAAGGCCGAGGGAGGGGUUGGAUGAUCUCCUGAAAUUAGCUGAUUAUGUGGUAUGUUCAGCAAAGUUUCCAAAGGCAUGGACAGAGGCAUCAACUGUUCCACAGGCACUUGUUUCUAUGCUUUUAAGGUUGCCCAACUUAAAAUUUGUAACUGUGACUUUGGGAAAAGAAGGUUGUAUAAUGCUGGAGAGAAGUGUUAAUGCAAGUCCUUCCACGGAAGAAGUGGAUGUAGACAACUUUUUGGAAUCACUGGAGUUAAGAAAGGAUAAGAGUGCUCCCAUUCCAACCUGUGUAUCAUCGUCUGUGGCAAAAUUGAAGGCAGAAGGAAUAGGAACGGUUACUGGGAAACUAUAUGUUGGAACAGCUGAGAGUAUUCCACCAUCAGAGCUUAUUGAUACCACCGGUGCUGGGGAUGCAUUUAUUGGAGCUGUGAUCUAUGCUAUUUGUUCGAAGUUUUCACCAGAGACAAUGCUACCCUUUGCUGCUAAUGUGGCAGGUGCAAAGUGCAGAGAUCUAGGAGCACGAAGUGGUCUUCCAUACGGCGCAGACCCACGCUUAACAUCCUUUAUUCAGUAGAUUUUCCAGCGUUGAGGCAGUUCAAGAAAUGUCUUCAGUGGGAUAUUCAACUAAAUUAUUUAUUUGAUGGAGUUAAUGAUCUUUCACAUUUACCCUCCACUUAGAAGUUUUCGCAUCUUCUACAUAUUCGAUUUUUCACAGUUUUAAGUAAGGGAGAGGAUGGUCGAUUCCUGCUUCUAAUUUUUACCUUUACUUAAAAUGGAGUUUCCAUCAUUGAUUGCACCGAAGUCACAUCAUAGUUUUAUGUGUGGGUAAAUAAUGGUCGGUACAAAUGAAUAUUUUUUAAACCACUACCACUGUAAUUUCCGCCAAAACACUUUAUAUAUUUAAAUUUUUAAGUUAA